AUGUCAAAUCUUUCAGGUGAUGAGGGAAGUUUCUCUUCAGGAGAAGAACAUCAAGCCGAUAAGCAGCCACAACAGCUGCAGAGUCAGUCCCAUGGCUCCAAUUUCGCUGCAACUAAUACCAAUGGUUCUAGCUCCCAACAGCAGCAGCAGCAGCAGCAACCUGGAGCCAAGAAGAAGAGAAAUUUACCAGGAACUCCAGAUCCAACUGCAGAGGUCGUUGCUCUCUCACCAACGACGCUCAUGGCGACUAACAGAUUUGUAUGUGAAAUUUGCAACAAGGGAUUCCAGAGGGACCAGAACCUCCAAUUGCAUCGAAGAGGUCAUAACCUUCCUUGGAAGCUUAAGCAAAGAACCACAACUGAGGUGCGGAAGCGUGUCUAUAUAUGUCCCGAGCCAACCUGCGUCCACCACAACCCUGCUCGUGCAUUAGGGGAUCUUACAGGGAUCAAGAAGCAUUAUAGCCGGAAACACGGCGAGAAAAAAUGGAAAUGUGAUAAGUGCUCAAAGAAAUAUGCAGUGCAAUCUGACUGGAAGGCUCAUCAAAAAACUUGCGGCACCAGGGAAUACAAAUGUGACUGUGGAACCAUCUUCUCAAGGAGAGACAGCUUCAUCACUCACAGGGCUUUCUGCGAUGCGCUGGCAGAAGAGAACAACAAGGUGAAUCAAGGCUUGAUGAACAGCAUGGGACCAAACAUGCAAGGCCAAAUGCCCGACUUCAUGUCGUCAAUGCCCAUGAACCCCAACGCUAACACAUCCAUGGGGCUGUCCGAAUUCAACAAUUUUGACCCCAAAAACCCACUAAAGUCACUCCCUCAGGACCUCGUGCCCAUGCCGUUCAAGCCCACGAACAUGGUGGGUGGCAUGUUUUCGAGCAGUUCAGGAACUCUUUUCGGCAGUCCAAAGGGCAUAUCCUCGUCAUGCUCCGGCCUUCAGCUCAGUUCGAAUACGCCUUCAAGCUUCAACUACCUUCAAGAAGGCAAAAACGGAAGCCAACUUUCCGGAUCGCCCCACAUGUCGGCAACCGCAUUGUUGCAAAAAGCAGCCCAAAUGGGGGCAACCGCCAGUAACACCAUUAAUUCUCCCAUGAUGCAGAAGAGCUUCGUCAGCAGCAUGGCCGGUCCCGAUCAAAUUGCUGGGCCCAAAUCAUCAGCAUACUCUUCGAUGCAGCAGCAUAAUAUUAACAACAGCAAUAACGCUUCGUACGAGAACUUGACCUCAGCUAUGAACGACUUGGGAAUGUACAGCGGAAUUCUACUGGGAAGCGAUCAAAACCUGGGAUUCAUAAAGGGAAUGGAUCGCCGCGGCGGUGGAGACGAUAGCGAUAGUCCUGCAGGCCUCAUGCAGAGUAGAGGUUCGAUGAGCAGGAGUCCAGCUGCCGGGCCAACCAGAAUGCGGGGGGGAAACGGGAACGAUGUGACGACAGUGGAUUUCUUGGGGAUUGGAGUAUCCCGGCCUCCAAAUGUACAUGAGCAGCAACAGAGGCUGGACCAGUUGGAGGCAAUGAGCCAACAUCGGAUGCAAGUGAUGGACCCUUUUCACCAGCAACUAUCCCACGGCCAUGGGGAACCCGCUCACGUUGAAAAGCCAUUAUGGGAUGUUUGA